AAUUUUCAUAAUGGGCAUGAAACAACCCAAAGGCAAAUCAUAAGGCCCAUCUUCUUGACGUAAACAACCCGUUCCUAAUUUUCAUCAUCAAUGUCAUAUUGUCAUGCUUUUGCUCAUCAAUUCUUCAUUCACACCCCCUUUUCUUGGAACUCCCAAAAAAACCCAUCUUUCAUAAUUUUAUCUAACCAAUCCAACAAAUCACAAUCUUCAAAUCAAUCAACCCAAAAUAAGUUGAAUCGAAGAUCAAAACUAAUGGGGUUGAGAAAAUGGGGAGUGGGGAUUGUUGCAGUAGUAGCAAUAGUAGUAGGAAGAGAAUUAAACAAGCAAUAUGGGUGGGAUAAAGAUGGAUUAAUGGAGGUUUUUAAGAAAUUGUCAGAUCAAUUGGGAAUUUGGGCAAUUCCAGCUUAUGUGGGUGUUCAUACUCUUACAUUGUCUCUUUGUUUGCCUUCUGCUGUGUUUUUUGAAGCUGGGGCUUCUCUUCUUUUUGGGUUUCUUCCUGCUGUUAUUUGUGUUUUUUCUGCUAAGAUUCUUGCUGCUUCUCUCUCCUUCUGGAUUGGCAGGCUUAUCUUCAAGAAUUCAAGCUCUGCGAUGCAUUGGGUGCAAAGUAACAAGCAUUUUCAUGUACUCUCCAAAGGCGUAGAACAAGAUGGUUGGAAAUUUGUCCUUCUUGCCCGGUUUUCUCCUGUCCCCUCUUAUGUCAUCAAUUAUGCUCUGGCUGCUACUAAGGUCAGAUUUUUUGUGGAUUUUUUGCUUCCUACUAUUAUUGGCUGCAUGCCGAUGAUUAUACAAAAUACUUCUAUUGGAAGUCUUGCUGGUGCUGCUGUUGCUUCAGCGUCUGGUUCUCAGAAAUCUCAGAUUUGGUCAUACGUUUUCCCAGUUAUUGGGAUAAUAUCCAGCAUUCUUAUCUCUUUCAGGAUCAGAACAUAUAGUAAAAAUAUUUCUGUUGAAUCUUCUGUAAUUGAAAAUAGCAAUUCUGAAAAUAGUGCUGACUCAUCUCAACUAUUAACCAGUCACAAGACAGACGAGAAUGUGAAGAAAAGGUGAUGAUAUCUUUCUUCUCUUAUUUUCCUUUUACUACAUUAGACAGGUUACAGAUUUGUAGUAUUACAGAUUUUUUGUUUGAUUAAAUACUCUUUCUAUGGAAAAAUCCAAUUUUAAGAGAGAUGAAUGUUCUCUUUAUUAUAUAUUUUUUUAUUUUUA